AUGGCUGGCCCCGGCGGUGGACCUCCGCGGAGAAGUCACACUAAGUCCCGCAAAGGCUGUGAAACGUGCAAGCGGAGGCACAUCCGCUGCGAUGAGAAUUUCCCUCAAUGUCGAAACUGUACAAAACACAACUGUCGUUGUCCCUACAUGGACAUGCCCGCGCAAGAGGAGCGCGCCCCAACUCCUGAGAGGGCAGACCUUUUGUGGACGGUAGAGGUCGAGGCAGAGAUUGAGCGUUGGCAGCAGACUGGGGAUUUCCCAUUUCCAGAUCUUUGCAUCUAUCCACCACCGUCUCCUCAAUUCUUCUCCUCUGAGGAUCUCCGCCUGAUCCAUCAUGUGGCUUCUGUUUCUAGCGAACUCAGCGUUCACGAGGCAAGCAAUUUCACCAUUUGGACUCGUCAAAUCCCACUUUUCCUCAGAAUUGGAAUGGACUACCCCUUUGUCAUGCACGCCCUACUCGCUCUAUCAGCCACACAUCUUGCAUGGUUGACAGAGUGCCCGCUCACGGCUAACAUGGCUUUUGAGCACCGUGGGGUCGCCCUCAAGGGUCUCCAUGAGGCCAUCGGGUCCUUCUCCAGACAUAACUCGGAUGCAGUCCUGGCAGCAUCCCUCCUAUUAUCUUGGCAAGCAACGGAGUGGCGUGGCUGGACUCAAUUAAUGCAUGGAACCUCAUCUGUAAUCGAUGCCAUGGAGCCAUGGAAGCAUGAGUCUCAAUUCGGAGACUUCAUUGCAGAGCAAAGCACGUUUCCCACCGCGCCUCCGUCUCCUGCGCCCGGUGCUAAAAAAUUGAGUGGCCCCCGCAAGCAGGAUCUUGGGGCUCUUCAGUUGGCCUACGCACAGCUCCAGAAGGUCGAAGCGCACCUGGUGGCUCACAAUGAGGAUUCCAAGGCAAUCCAACAACUCAUGAGCUUCGUUCGAGCAGUGCGAAAGGUCUCGCCCAAUCACACUGCUGCUCAGCGAUUUGAAAUGCUCAAUCCACUUCGAGCAUGGUUGUUCUGGCUUCCGGUCAUGUUCCUACAACAGACGCGUGGGUCGCCGUCUGCUCUUGUUAUUCUCGCCCAUUACUAUACCGUGGCAUUGGUUGUUGAGCCCUUAUUCCCCGAGGUCGGCGCGGCAUACUUUGGGAGUCUAUCGCUUGGGCCAAUUGAAGACAUCGCCCGAAGGCUGUUUUCCAUCAACAUCUCACAUGGUUCCGAUUCAGACAUGCAGACUCCACUCAAUCUCAUGGAGUAUCCUAUUGAUAUGGUCUCCAAAUUCAGGAACCGCAUGGGCUGGGUCCAGCCAGAAAGGACAGCUUCCUUCCCAAUAUUCCGUGACAACGCUUAUAACAUGGAGGAGAGCUAUCCCCACACAAUGUCUCCGUAUGGCAAUCCAGCCUUCGCUUACAGUCAAGAACAUCUCAUGACGAUGCCUCCUGAUCCAAUGUCCGCAACGGCGAUCAGUCCUUUAACUCUCGAGCCUUUCUCAAACCACUAUCUGAGCAUCCCCUCCCCCAGCGGGUUUGGAGGAUACCAUAGCCCGGCAUCAUCUGGUCUAGGGGAAAGCCCCAUAAUGUUCAAUGACCAUGGAAACGAUUUAGCCCUUUAUGAAGGACAUGGCUCAGGCCUGAAUUUCGGCGGGAUCCCCCCAGUUCUCCAUUUCGAUCCACAAGCACGCGAAGGUCUAACACACACAUUCGAUCCCGAAUCUGAUGAGCAGCAUGCGCAUCAAAUGCCUCACCUGAACCACGACCCUCAACUUUCCGGCUAUUCUCCCCGUUACCAUUCUCCGGCACCUCCUCCAGGAAAAGGGAAAGAGCGCGAGAAUUAA